GCAUUGCAGGCAGAGAGGACGUCAAGGCAGAGGCGGAGCCGAGUUGCCUCAAGGCGUCUGAUUUCGGCUUCGAAGAGGACGAGUGGCCGGAGGAGGCUGAUCUGCAGGAAUCGAGCCCGUCCAGUCCAUCAACUCCUCGUGGCGAGGCUGAGCCGCGCCCGGAGGGGGUGAAUGGAGAUGAGGAUCACGAGGCACCGCCGACAUGCCAGGUCUCGGAGAGAAGAGUCGUGGAGGCGGAGCCAAAGGCCGUGGUGACCAGCCCAUUUGUUGGAGGCUAUCAGCCCAGUCAAACUGAGGAGGCCGCCCGAAUCGCUGCGGACCUGCGCCUCUUGCAGCUUGAGGCCGCCAGGAGGUCAUUCAGAGGUCGGGCGCGUCCAAACCCUGUUCUUGAAUAA